AUGGUUAAAGUUAUCAACAUUUCCGGCCCCGCUUCUUAUGUUACAUCCACAAGAGACGGAAUGAUGUAUGCUUAUUUGACCCUCGUAGUUUCUCUGCUUUCUCUGACUGGGGGUAUCGGUAUCAUUGUGUUGUAUUUCGCCUACAAGGAACUCCGGACGUACGCGCGACAGCUGCUGGUGUAUCUGAGUUUGAUGGAUGCGACGAUAGCAUUUGGUAACAUUCUAGGUGUAAUAUGGGUCCUGUAUAGGGACGGAUUCUUAUGUAGGAACAUGACAUACUGUCAGUUCCAUAGCGCUCUCACCAUUUUCUCUAGUAUUGGUGCCUUCUGUUGGACAACGGUCAUGGCACUCUGUCUCUUUAUGAAUAUUGUGUGUACCAACCUCACCUUCACCGCCAGAUACAUGAAGGUCUUCCAUCUGGUCAGCUGGGGUUUACCAAGUGUAGUGACCAUAACAGCAUGGUCCAGUGACGUUCUCGGCUAUGACCACAACAUAACCCAGGCCAGCUGGUGCUGGAUUGACCCACUGGUACCCAACGCUAUUGUGUGGCAACUCUUUACGGGUAAAGUGUGGGAAUUCACCUGUUCCCUCCUCACCACUGGACUGUCUUUUGUCGUGGUUGUUUACAUCCGGCGGAAGGCCAAAACAAGCCUGGCAUCAAAAUCCAACCGGAAGUCUAAGAAAGCCGCCAUAGAAUCAGCAAACCGGAAGUUGAUGUUUGUACCGCUGGUGUUCAUCCUUUGUCGUAUUUGGGGAACCAUACGAUUUUUCAUUGGAAAUUUCGCGCCAGAGUAUGCUGAUAAACCGGAAGUGAAGUGGAUUGUUCCAAUGCAAGGAAUAGGAGACAGCGCCCAAGGAUUUGUUAACUUCGUUGUUUACUGUUGUAUGACUGACGCAAUCCGACGGAGAUUAUUCAAGUGCUGUAUGUGCUGUAUAAAGAGGAGUGUAGAUCCUGCCCCGCCUACCAUAACUCUGUCGAUGUCACACAAAAAUAUACGUUCUCUGGCUCCGGACAAUAAUUAA